AUGCCAGGAAUCAGCCCAGCCGCAUCUCAAUCCUUCCCUCCUCUCGGCAAACGCCGAGGUAUAUCGGACCUGGCGAGCUUUUCAUUAGACCUGACCUGGGCUGAUAAAAGAGCAGAGUCCGUGGCUGCUGCUCGGUCAAGGGCCUACCCCUCUCCGCCCAUGUCAGGAUCUCCUCCACUCCCACCCAAAUCGAGAUCAGAGGCAGGUGAUCGGAGUCAAAUACAUGGGCCCUACCCAGCGCCGCCGCAGCAACCUCAGCAUCCCCAAGAUGUUUAUCGUGGGCAGCCUCCUCAUCAGAGCCGUACCGAAGACAUCAGGGCCCAACUCCCACCAGCAUUACCGCCUCCACCGCCGCCUUCAAUCCGAUCCUAUCCCCCUCCAGAGACUUCGGACAGAAUGGGCUACUAUCAUCCCCUCGAAGGCCCAGUGCCUAGGAGGUUAUCUUAUCCCCCUCCAGGACCCUCCCAAAUACUACAACAGCAACCCCUAUACGCAACCGCACCUCCGGUAACCGGCGCACCACCUGCUUACAAUCCGCCGACCCAGCCCCCUGCGCCGGUCGCGGCGGCCUUUGAGCCUCCUAGACCCGCCAGGAAAGCCAAGGGCCAUGUCGCGUCCGCAUGUGUUCCCUGUAAAAAGGCGCAUCUUAGAUGUGACGCACAGCGUCCAUGCUCUCGAUGUAUGAUGAAUGGCAAGGAAGAGUCUUGCAUCGAUGUUCAACAUAAGAAACGAGGACGACCCCGGUUACGCGAUGAUAGAGAUCCCCGAUUCGACGGCUCAAGGUUUACCUCGGGGCAGGAUGCUGGGUUAAGGAGACCGUUGGGUGCGUACCCAGGCGGCCCCAUUCUAUCAGGGUACGAGGCCACUCUCCGUCGUAAUAGUUCAUCGCACCGGGUUCUAAAAUCUCAACCAAGCGAGUCGACGGGUCCCAGGUUUAUCGAGCAUGCACUUCCUAGUGAUGCCAACGUCUACCCAGCGCCGCCUUUGUCCAUCGCAACCCGACCGCCCGAGCCCGUAGCCUACCUGACCACGGAACUGGAACUAGUUAAGGCUUCAACGACGUUCGCGGAGUCUGUCGGUAUAUCGUCGCUGGCAGGGCGGUCUUUGUUUGACGUCGUGGUACCAGCGGACAGGGAUCGUAUCGGAAGCUACAAGAGGCAACUCCAGGAUGAUCGCUCACGCCAAGAACCGCGAUAUCUUCCGCCAAUAUUCAAUAAACAGGAAAGCGAGAGGGUGAUCCAAACCCUUGGCUUUGGUCCGGAAGAUGUGUCAAGGAUCCCGCUGGACCGACAAGGACAUCUUGUGUUCCAGGCAAUGGAUGGACAACAAAGACCGCAGUCGUUCCAAUUUGGCCUUGUAAAGGUCGAGUCCAUCUAUGUGGUGGUUUUACGGCUGAGCGUCGUACCAAGAUACCCCUACCCCUCGCCUUCUCCACAUUCCAGAGAUUCAGCGGUAGCCUCGUAUCCUUACCAGGCGCAAGCCCCGCCUCACCACCAGCUCCAGCAGCCGUAUAUGCAGCAUACUCCGGUCUCGGCAACCUUCGAUCCAAACCGACCCCGGUUCGACCAAGGUCCUCCAGCGGGUCGCCCAGUCACGGCACCACCGGGCACCCAAUUGUUGUCCGGCCCUAGUCCCGGGGUUAGUCCCGGAGUACCCGCGUACUCUCCGUCGCCUAGCCGACCUGAAUAUGCCGUUGGGCACUCGUCGUAUCAGAUUCCUCGGAGCGAAUUAGCGAGCGCGAGCCGAACACCACAGGCGACAUCGUUUCAACUCCCUCCGAUCCGCGCGCAUCCGCAGCCUGGAACGAUGACCAUGGGCGAAUCUGCUUCAACCCGGGAUGAGAGAUCGGGCCGUGUUGAUAUCGGAGGGUUGAUUGACAGGCCGGACCACGCCCAGAGACGCUGA